CUUCAGCGCCGCCCAGGCCUAGGAGGCACAGUUCACCCCCGCGACCCUAACCUCGGGUAUGGGCACACUAAGGGCGCCGAUGCUGGGAGACUUCAAUUUCCUAACGCGCAUGUGCGCACAGUUGGCACGUGCGCAUUCAGGGGACCAUGGGAGCAAAGUGCGCCUGCGCGAGGGCGGGCGCUCGGUUCGGAGUCAGCGCCAGGCAAGGCAGCGCGUCGGGUGUGGGUCAUCGCUUUGAUCCUUCUUGCCUCUUGGAAGGUGACAUGCAUAUGCAGUUAGAUGACUGAUGACAGAAACUUGACUCAAAAUGCCUAAUUUCGAACAUCCAGAGUAUCCUGAAGCUACCUUGCUUCACUUGGAAAGUAUGGUGCCCUGUCGAGAAUCCCAAGUGUCAUCACUGUUGUCAAUAUUUGGAGAGCGUCAGCAUUUUAGCUUCCCAUCCAUCUUUAUCUACGGACAUACAUCUAGUGGCAAGACGUAUGUGAUGCAAACUCUUCUAGAAACAUUAGAGCUUCCUCAUGUGUUUGUGAACUGUGUUGAAUGCUUUACUUCAAGGCUACUUUUAGAGGAAAUUUUGACCGAGUUACAGAGCCUUUCAUCUGAAAAUAAACACGGUUCUCAUAUGCCCUGUGACACGUUUAAUGACUUUGUACGUCUGUUUAAGCAAGAAAUUAUUAUUCAAGAUCUACAAAAUCAAACGGUAUAUAUUGUGCUGGAUAAAGCAGAGCAGCUGAGGGAAAUGGAGGCAAAUGUGUUGCCAGGGUUUCUUAGACUACAAGAAAUGACAGACAGAAAUGUCACUGUUGUUUUCCUUAGUGAAAUUGUGUGGGAACUGUUUCGUCCAAACACUGGAUGUUUGGAGCCAUUCACCUUGUAUUUUCCUGACUACAGCAUAGGAAAUCUACAAAAGAUUCUGUCCCAUUAUCAUCCUCCAGAAUAUUCUGCUGAUUUCUAUGCUGCAUACAUUAAUAUUCUUCUUGGUGUCUUCUACACAGUCUGCAGGGACUUGAAAGAGCUUCGACAUCUGGCUGCACUAAAUUUUACUAAAUAUUGUGAACCAGUAGUCAGAGGAGAAGCAAAUGAACGUGACACACGUCGACUCUGGAAAAAUAUUGAAUCUCAUUUGAAGAAAGCAAUGCAGACUGUUUAUCUCCGGGAAAUAUCCAGCUCACAGUGGGAGAGAAUACAGCAGGAUGAUGGAGAACCUGGGCACUUGAAAGGACUUUCUGCACAUGCUCACGUAGAACUUCCUUAUUACUCCAAAUUCCUUCUAAUAGCUGCUUACCUUGCCUCCUAUAAUCCUGCCAGGACAGAUAAGAGGUUCUUCCUUAAGCAUCAUGGAAAAAUCAAGAAGACAAACUUUCUGAAAAAACAUGAAAAGACCAGCAAUCACCUCCUUGGACCAAAGCCAUUCCCCCUGGACAGAUUGUUAGCAAUAUUAUAUAGUAUUGUGGACAACAAAGUUGCUCCAACUGCAAAUAUAUUUUCCCAGGCCUUCUCUCAAUAAUGGUAGUGGCAGAAAAGCCUGGCAGUAUCUCCUGAAAGACAAUACUGAGAGUGAUCCCACUACAGGUAAACAUAGUAUGAGGAAAAGGUGGAGAGAUGGAUCCCUUAGUUAGACUGAAAUGUUAUCUGUGUAAAUGGGGCAUACAUCUAACUGGUGCACUAGAAAUGCAUAGAUAAAUAAAAGGUCAGGUAUUUCUCAAUUUCUUAAAUUUUAGAAAGUAUAUAUAUAUAUAGCCUUGAUACCUCUUUAUUCAUAACUAAGGAUUUUCAGGCACAGUUAGCUUAAAUAAAAACUGAAAUGUUUUAAUACAACUUCUGAUCAUAAGGACAGAAUGCAAAUGUAAUCUGUCUGAAAUAGGGAUGUUUGUCAUUAAUAUCUGAUAGGGCAACCUUGAAUAUUUGAGUGAAGAUAAUCUCGGUUGCCCUGCUGCUAUCCACAUAUAGAACACUAAUAGUUUAGAUUAAUAGCAAUUAAUAGCAAUAAUUAAUACAUAAAAUAGAUUAAUAGCAAUAAUUCAGUAUUUAAUUUUUAGAUAUUCCACUUUUGUUUUCUAUAUUAGUAUUCUUACAAUAUAAUUCUAAAUACAAAUGGUAUGUAUGGAUGUUUUUGUAUAUGCAGACAUUUCUAGCAAGUUGUGGUGGUAGAUUAUUACAACAGUGUAAACUGAAUAAUAAAAGAUAUUUGUAUAUCUGAAGAGAAGUAAUUUUAGUUAUUGUAAUCAAUUAAUGCAAAUAGAAUGUACAUAUAAAAUUCAUGAUUAGCUAGUGUAUAUAUUUUUAAAAUGUUCUUUCUAAUAAUCUAAUGACCAGACUGAAUAGCCUGUGAAACAAAAUGGCAGCUUCUUCAAGCGGCAGUGAAUUCAAAUUCUGGUGAAUUUGGCUCUAAUGGAGUGAUGGUAGUAGGGGCAUUGAUUAUAAUGAUACAGUAGAGACAUAAAAGCCAAGUUGAUCUUGUUUAGUGACUGGAUAGUGGUGAGUAUAACUCAGGGUACCUGUGACCUAGAUAAAAUGGACAAGUUGAUAUACUGUUAUCUAGGUAUGAGAGCAAGAAGCAUGUAAAAGAAUGGCCAAGGAUAACUUGAAGAAUAAUGGAGACACUUGUUAUAACUGAUAUUGAAAACAAAAAGAAAGAACCUGGGCAGAAAACUGAAGACUGUGGUUACAAAAUGAUCUUUUUCAGUCUUUUUCCUUUAUUCACAAGCACUUGGCUCUGGAAAACAGCUGUUUUCUAGCCUGGCAUGGUUUCUAAUGGAUGGAUAAUGCUGAUGGUAAAGGGAGAAGUUUUUUAAUAAUUUGCUUGAAUGUAAUGCUCGUGAAAGAUGCUAGAUUGUCAAUCUCCUGCGUUGUCAAUCUUGUUAUUUAUGGAAUGCAUACAGCAUCACAGAGUAAUCUCAUCUACAUCGCAUUUUUCUAAUAUCUAGAAGAAUCAUCAGUUGAAUUCAACCUCUGUGCCCAUUCAGUUUUUGGUUUCUCCUGAGACAGAUAAUGUGGUUGUCAGUUAGUGACAAAUGAGUUGUUGUUGAAUGUGAUCCGGACACUUACAUGCUACAAACUACUUUUUGAGACUACCAAAGUAAUUUCAUAAAACACAUUAAGGUGCCAUCAGAAAUAGGAACUUUAGGUCAUACCAGACUCAUCUGUCUAAAUAAAUGUGACGUAUAAAUGUAAGGUUCUGUAUACCACUACCAGUUCCCUGAGCGAUUUGGUUCACAUGUCAAAAGCAUAACAGUUAGUUACAAUUUGGCAGUGAACUAUGUUGCACAGUCUAUGAGACUGUGGUCAUACCAUAAUAUAGUGGCUGAUAGAAAACCAGGAAAUACAUGUUAGCAUAUACAAACCAAAAGGUCUGGACAAUAUUCAUGCUAAUAUCUGGAGCCAGAUUAUGACCUUAUUCACGUCAACUAGUGCUUUACACCAGAAGUAUCUCAUUUUAAAUCCAUUGGACCUCUUCUGGAGGGCACUACUUAGUGGCUGACAUUGAUUUUCAUUGGGGCCAGGAUUUCAGCCAGUAUGAGUAAAGCUAUCAGUAUGGCUUACAGGAAGCUAUUAGGAUUUUGUAUAGUAUUCAGCACCAUAGUAUCAAAGAGAGUUUAGCUGAUCUCUUAAGAAUGUACUGAACAUUAGCAGUCACUUUGAAACAUUCAUGGAUGACUGGGACUUCAGCAAAAAAAAUUAAAAAAAAAAAA